AUGGACUUGGGGACGAGGUAUCAACUGGCUCCUAGAUCUUGCUUAGACCAGGGGGACGCCAAUGCAGUCCUUUCCAUCAUCAUGUUGGUGGUCUUCGUCUUGGGUCUCACUUUGCUGGACCGGGGAUUGUCCGGUGCGAUGAGGCCAAUGUCGGAAGGUACAAAGCCUGGAGACCAGGACAACCGCUGCAACCUCAUCACCUUGGCAAAGCAUUUGAAAAAGCUUGCCAUGCUUGACGUUCUGAUUCUUGGAAUCAUCGUGGUGGUCCUCAGCGGAUCGGUCUACAAAAAGCAAGGUUUAGUAUUGUCUCCUGGCUGGGGCCUUCUAGCUCUUGCCGGAGCCGAAUGUAUGCACUACGUGGCCUAUGGGUUGGUGCGCAGCUUUGUUUCUUCAAAGGCGCAGCGGCGCAGUGGUGCCUGGAAACACAACGAGAGUGCAAACAUGUGCAACGGAAAAUGUGGUGAUUUAAUAUGUUGA